UUUUUUUUCCAGAUUUUACUUAGCAAGAAUUCAGAAGAAAGAGUCCAAUUUAACACUGCCUCAUGUAAUGUUGCAGUGUCAGACAAGUCAAACUGCAUGCCUGUGAGGUAUGACUUGGUUUUUCACCCUCCCCAUGACCAAAUCAUUACAGGAAUUCUAUUUAGAAUUGAUUUUGGAAUGCCAUCCCACCUCCCUCUUUAUAGGUGCUGGACCUGUCCGCAGUCCUCAACACUCAUAGUCAUGCAGAUCCACCCACAAUCUUUUCUGGGGUUUUCAAUGAGCUUUCUGAAAUUCUGGCAGUAAGAGUCAUUCAAAGGCAAAGGUAGACCAGCUAAAGAGACCAAUAGCAUGACUGUACUUUCUAAUCAGUGAGGGUACUGCAGGCUCAGACUGAAAACCAGCAGACCGGGCUUCAAGUCAGUUCCAUUAGUUCUAACAGAAUAUUUCUCCCCUUAUUGGGAUGUUCCACACCUUGCUGCUCCACAGACAAUCAGCUGAGGAGUCCAUCCAUCCUUCUUAACUCACAGAGCUGGGAUUACAACAUUAUCUGCUGCAGGUGGAGAGAAACUCUAUUUCCUUUAAUUAUCUUCUCCCCAGAGAUAGGAAGGAAAACAACGCCUAACUGAUUGAACAGAACACAUCACUUGUCGAAUAAGGUAAUAAAAAAGGAGAUUGCUGCAUAAGACCUUUUUUUUUUUUUUUACUGGAGAUGUUGUGAAUCCCACGUGUGGGAGCUCAUUCUGGGCUGGAAAGAUUCUAUCAUUGCAACAUCAGAUCUGUUUUCAAACCUACAGAGCUCUGUCUCAUCUUCAUCAAUCGAAAAACUGAACCUGAUUUCAUAGUUAUUGUUCUCUGGACACAAAACUGCUAUUUUCCUUUGAUUAUCCAAAAUUUCAGAAGCUUUUUUUUUUUUUUUUUACAGUUCAUAGGUGGAUGUUACAGCAAAUUAAGGUUAAACUAUGUUCCAGAGAUAAGAUUUAUUUCAGCACCUUGGACCUAUACAGACACUGCAGCUGCCAACUUGCAGACAGGUUCCAAUGAAGAAUCUAGCAAAACAUCCAAGCACUCAAUAUCACUAAAUCGACAGAACCACCAACAGCAAGAUGUUUAAAGAAUUUACUUAUGUGUCUGGGGGUAUCUGGAAAUUUUUUGAAUGAAGACGAGUCAACAUAGAUUGUUUUGGGACAAUAAGAGGAAUAAACCUUAAUUCCACAAAAUAUGCGAAUAAUGGGGUCUAUAAGCCUCUAAAGAAUAUUAAGAGAUGGUGGUGACUGUCCCAUAUUAAAUCCGUGAGUGAAGAAAAUAAGAAAAAUUUGGCAAAGAAAACUCUACAGCCCAAGUGUAUAUGGGCACAGAUGAAUACGUUGAGUAAACUAUAAAGAAAAAAGAAGAAACAUAGAAGAACGAAGCAUAUAAUGAAUAAAAGAGAUUUGCAGAAGGCAACAAAAGGGACAUUUCUUAUAAUAAUUUGCAUUGUAACACUGUGGGGGAAGUUGGCAGUUGGGGCAAUUCAUCAUAAAGGACAGCAUGUUAGAACUGGAACAUGUGAAGUUGUGGCUAUCCACAGAUGUUGUAAUAAGAACAAGAUAGAAGAAAGAUCUCAAACUGUCAAGUGCUCAUGUUUUCCAGGGCAAGUAGCUGGGACCACAAGGGCCCAUCCUUCCUGUGUCGAUGCAUCUAUAGUGGAACAGAAGUGGUGGUGUCAGAUGCAGCCGUGUCUUGAUGGAGAAGAAUGCAAAGUUCUUCCAGAUCAGAAAGGUUGGAGUUGUGCCUCAGGGAACAAAGUGAAAACAACAAAGGUUACGCGGUAGCUGUAGGAAGAAAAGAAAAAGCUCAAAGCUGAGUAAAUUUAACUAAGGAAAUGCAAAGGCAAUCUUUAAACAAAUCACAAUGCAAAACUUUCUUUGCAGACUGACUAUUGGAAUGCCAGGAUUUCUGGGCAUACCACUGAGAGCACAAUUGUCCCCAACUCAUAAACAGUACUGUGAGAAUUUAAACCAUUGCCUGCAUGACAAAACAAAAGAAAAUGUGAAAAUAGAGAAGGAAAACAGCAUCCAGUCCACGUUUUCAGUAAACAAAAAUGUUUCCGUACUGAAGAAAUUCUAGUCAACUACAGUUCCGGAGAGAUUUUUUCAUGCAUUACAAAACCGUUAAAAACUUUCGUUAUCACAUGCCCCACUUGGUUCAUAAGUGGUAAAAUUAAUUAAAUUAAACAUUAUUCACUGAAAUGUUAUGUAUUUAGCUACGUUAUUUUUUCAACACGUCUGUUAACAUUCUAUCAAACAUGGUUGAUAUCUAAAUAUGCAUUCAACAAUCAAACGUAUGGGAGCCGUUAUCAUGAUUCUAGACAUUGUCUGAUGAUCUUUCUUUUUUAGCAAAUCAGCAUAUCUCAUAUCAUUAAAUAUCUGAUGUCUGUAACAUCCAUUAAAUGCUAUAUAGUUAACAACUGUAGCAUUUUAUCUCACUGGCCAAAAUCAGUCCAUUUUGGAACAUGAACACCUGCAGGCAUUAAAAUUCUGACAGUGAAUUGUGGUUAUAGAACAAUUUUUUAUGCUUUUGUGCUAUGAAAAUUCCAAAUGUGUGGAUGGCAAUAUAAAUUUUUUAGUUACACGACCGAGUUACCUUGUAUUUUUUUUUAGCUCAUGUUUAUGCUUCAACUAAUAGUAUUUUAUUCAUGCCUGCAUUAACUGUUAAUUCCAUCAUUUAUAAUUUAGCUGUUUGUAACUGUUUAUUAAAAUAUCAUGCAUAGCCUACAUAAUGCCUUAACCAUUUGAUGAUAAUCUGCAGUCAACUAAUGCAGAGUUGGCCAAAUGGUAGAUCCCAUACUAUUGGAGAAUUAGAAAUCAUGAUGCUCCUGGGGUUUGUAAUUCGGGGGAACCUUUUGAUCACACCUGCUAUAAUGAGUGAACAAUGGACUCGGCUUCUACAAUUUUAUAUUUGAAAUAAAAAAACAAUUGCAUCAAAAUACUGAUCCAUUACAAUCCAAAAAUUUCAUGAAAUUUGAAACUUAAAAUAUUAAGACCAAGCUUUUUGGAUAACACAGAAUUAAAAAUCGUUAAUUUAAUAUAACAAAAAAAUGGAAAGUACCAAACUAGCUAGCUUUAGAUAAAAUAUUGUAAAAAAGACAAUGUUGUAAACUAGACGUCUAGAUUAAGACAAAGAACACUUUUUUCCUGAAAACUCAGUGACAUAAAAUCGAAAUCUAAAUUGGGUUGCAUGAUAAAAGAAUACCACAAAGUACUUUUGUAAGCUACAAUGCGUAAGGCUGAUUUCAGAUCAAGACAAUUUAAUUAACCUUACUCUAUUAUGCACAAGAUAGGUUAAAAUGGGUAAUUGUUAGAAAUAAAUUGAAAAUGUAUAUUUUGUCAUUAAGCUGCUAAGUAAUCAAAAAGUUAAUGUUUCUAAGCACAGAUAUUAUUACCGCUUACACUUUAGGAGGGGUUAAUGGUUUAGUAAAUUUAUUCAGUAGUUAUGUUUUCAAUUGUUACCAUAUGGAUGUGUGUUUGUUUGAGAGAUCUUGUAAUUUCAUUAAUACGAUAUUUAUAAAA